AUGAGGCGGCCUAGUGCAGCAAAUUCAUUUGCCUGGAAACAUCACAAACGAGAGCAAAAGCUGGGUUCCAGGAUGCAGUCUUUGAAGUACGAUCAGCUCAAAUAUCGCACCAGUUACCCCUCCCGGCAACCAUUCGACAUGGCUGAGCAUCGCCUUCUCGGUUCCCAACCCGAUUGUCACGCAUGGGCAGUGUAUGAGCAGCCGAGCAAUCCUGUCUCAGACAGACGUCCAAAGUGUUGUCUGUCAUUGCCAGGCCAGUGUAUCACGGACACUGAUCUCGACAAUACUUGGUGUUGGAUGUUGAUGUUAGGCGAGAUGGCCCAAGUGGUCCGUGGUUCGAGUCCGACCUCCGCCACUCGACUUCCCCUGUCUAGGCUUGGGCAACCUGGCAGUAUCCCAGCCCUCGUGCUUCCUUCGGGUGGCAUGGCAGCUAGGCACCGAAAGGGUGCUACAGCUGAAGGCUUUCUUUCUUUCUUUUCUUUGGUGUUGGAUGUGCAGAAAAAGCACCGUAAGCUGACAUGCCACCCGGAGAAAGCACGAGGGAUACUGCCAGGUCGCCCAGGCCUAGACAGGGGAAGUCGAGUGACAGAGGUCGGGUUGGAACCACGGAACUUCCGGUCAGUAAAUUUGCGCUCUAACCACCUGGGCCAUCUGGUCCCGAAGCCGGCCUUAGCCACUCCAGAGGUGAAUUCCACUGCAGUCAAAAGGCUGUAUUUACAAGGCAAAUGCAAUAAUGUCUUAUUGGACGGGUGUGAAACUCGGCUCCGACAUUCGAAAAAUUCAGAUACGCCGUUGCAAUAUGACAGGCGCUGCUGGUUGCCGCGUGUCCGCAAUGCAGUGCGUAAGCAGUGCUUGAGUGCGCCUGGUUGGGUCGUGCCACAGGCAAAAUUCCCAGCACUAUGCAAAGAGGUGGCAAUCUCGUCCCAGUAUGGGUUCACAUCUGAUGGUGGAGCACUUGGAAGAGACUUUAGAAGACGAUUCUUGUAA